AAUCAGCCCAGCUGCUCCACAUCCCAGCCAUCAGAGAGCAGCCUACAUAAACCGCUGAGAGCCGGCGCCCGACGCUUGAACGUUGACUCCUGUGGCUCCCUCCUCCACAAACCCAGUGUCUCCCACGCCUCGCCGCCUCCCCGGGAUCCCUCCGCUCCUCCGUAAAGUUUCAUUAAACUCUGUUAUACUUUAUUACUGCCUCCGUUGACUUUGUCCUUGAGGGUCCCUGGUACAUUUGGUUCAACAGCUCUGGUCGAGCCUAACAGAACGUUCAAGCCAAAAUGAACCAAACCGGGUCCUCAGGGACAGAGGGACAGAAGAACCCUGAAUUACGAGAGCUUGUGUUUGGCCAGGCCACACAACUGUCCACUUUGCAUGAAGAAUUGAACAAAGCUUUUCCCACUGUUCAAUCCCAAAUUGCUGUGCUUGAGAAGACUUCACAAACUACUGUUGGUAAUGUGGCUGCUCUGUCUGGCCAAGUGAAUGACAUUUCUGGAGUCUUGCUCGGCAUACAGAAGACCCUGGAGGUCCUUACAGCACAUGUUUCAGCUGAAUCUAACUCUGCUUCAAGUUCUUCAAACCAGCCUGUUAACCCCGUCCUCCCCAGCACACAGCAGCCUCAGUCUGAGCCUGGCUUAGUCAGUCCUAGGCCAUUUAAUGGUGAUUUUGGUCAUUGCAGGGGCUUCCUGGCACAGUGUGAGUUACUUUUUACUCAUCAGCCAUCCAAAUAUACUUCUGAUGGUUCGAAGAUUGCUCUCAUCAUGUCCCUCCUGGUCGACGACGCUCUUAAUUGGGCUAUUGCAGCAGUAGAGAACAACCCUGUCUUUGCCACUAACUACUCUCAGUUUAAGAGUGAGUUUCAAGCUGUGUUUAACCACCCUACUGACGGACAAGAUGCUUCCAGCCGUUUGCUAGUUAUUCGCCAAGGGUCACGUUCUGUGGCUCAGUAUACUUUGGAGUUCCGGAUCCUUGCUGCUGAAAGCCAGUGGAACGACCACGCCCUUCUUAGUGUCUACCGCAAGGGGCUGAGUGAUUCUAUUAAAGAUCUUUUGGUCCGUGACAGCCCACAGACUCUUAAUGAGCUCAUAUCCCUGGCCCUUAAGAUGGGAACACGACUUCAGGAGCGCCAUGCGGACCGAGCCCAACGAAGCUCUCCUCCUCCUGGGUCCAGUCGCUCUGCUUCAGUGACCCGCACUUCACCAUCUCCUCGCUCCACUCCACAACCUCGACAGCUUAUGCUCCUCCCUGCUCCCUCUUCACCCGGGCCUGCCGAGCCCAUGGAGAUCGGCCGGACAUUUCACCCAGCUCGCCGGUAG